AUGGUGGUUUUGGAAAGUAUAGAUACCGAUCCCAGCCCCGAGAAGCUCCCUCCCCCCAUGUUGGUGACUGGCACCUUUGUGGAUUUCUUCAGUGAUGCCGUUGCAUCUGGCCAUGCCGUAGAACAUUCAUCAAUAUUUUACUCUAUAUUGCCGUCAAAUAAGCUCUCAAAUAUUUGUUUUGCUAGUCCAGUGGCUCAGUCCUUAAAAAUUUAUGUUAACGGUGGUCAUAAUGCCACCAGAAUCCUCUUAGCCAUCUUCUAUGAUGAACCACGAAGCGUUCGUGUUUUUGUUAAAGGGAAGUAUAUUUCACCAACUGUGUCAUUUUCCAGCUUUUCCUCGGCAAAUGCUGUAACAGGAGACAAUUACUUUAACUUUCAAGAAAAUCUUCUAUAUGUUGCCAUUCACCAGGAAGACCCCAUUGAGAUUCACUCUCAGAAUUCUCUGCAUGUUGCUUUCACUAUAGCAGAGACCAUCGGAGCUGAAAUCCAGGCAACAGUGAUUCAGCGCCUGGCUGUUUUUUUACAGAUUGGGUAUAGCCAAAUCAGAACAGUCCACAACUCAUCAGGAAGUGAGAACAUGUUAAAAAUUAUUGCAGACAAUGCUGCAAAGCGAAAACACCAGUGUUCCACUAUGAAGUCUUGCAUGUUCAACCGUCACAGGGCUGUCCAACAGAAAUCCCGAAUAGGAAGUUCACAGCCAUCCCUUCCUGGGAUAGGUUUAAGAGUGCUAAUCCUGGAAAUCAGUGAUCCACCAUCCUUUCUAAGUGACAAUCUUGUUUCCUCAUUUCCAAGCGAGAGACUAAACAGCUUGGCCAACGUUCUUGUCAAUGCCCAACAAGUUGGUCAACUUCAACAAGCCCUCAAUUUGCCUGUUGACUCUUUAGUGGUGACAGUUUCUGCCAGUUCAACUCCAGCAGAGGGAAAUACUAGAAAUGGAAGUAGCGCAACUCAAAGAAGUUGCCUGUACGUCAGGCCUUACAAUCUCUCUCUCUGGAUUCAACCUUCUGAUGGAGUGGUAGAGAAACAACUGCCCAGGCAGCCACAAGUUAUUUUUCUGGAUAAGCAGGGUCGGAGAGUUUUGACAUUAGGUUUCCCCUCCAAAUCAUGGAUUGUGACAGCUCAUCUCCAAGGCAAUCCAGAAGCUGUGUUGAAAGCUUCGGCAGUGGUUUUGGGAUCUGUGGUUCUCUGCUGGUUUAAGCAAAGCAAAAGAAACAGAAAAAACAAGAUAAAGCGAACUUCGAAGAAUAAGAAGUUCUUCCAGGGCCAGCCGAAUCCUCAACCAUCUCAGGUCGACUCACACUGCUUUGGGGAAGCAAACAAACAUGACAUCACUGCUAAGAGAGAAGAUCUGAAACUGUAUGAACAAACUGAAAAUACAACAGAGCCAUUAAAGAAGUUGCAUCAGCAUUCUUUGAACAAUACUUCAGCGAGAACAGUGAACGAUGUCAGGAAAGGCCAUCAGUCCCAUGGUGGAAAACCAGUAUGCAGUUCUUUGGAGCUUCAGCAACUUGGUAUCAAGGACUUCAAUGAUUGGAAGCAAACCAACCAGCAAAUCUAUGACUAUGCUCAAUGGAAGAAAAUGAAGGAAAGGCAAUUGGCAGAUGAGGGAUGUCAAAGACACUCAACAAAGUCUGCCACACGGUCAGGAGGAGGUGUGAGGGGGAAACAAGAAGUCACAGUGGCAUGAAAAUCAAAAUUUUCCAGUGUGGUGCAGUAGUUAAAGUAUCAUAGUAGCAUUGGGAUUGACCAGCAAUGCAAUUCUAAGCAGAAUGACACAUCCAUUGAACAAGAUUUGAGCAGUACCUUAAAGACCAAGAAGAGUUUCCAAGGCAUACACUUUCAAAAGUAAAACUCUCUUCAUCAGGUAUCUAACAAAGGGAGCUUGAAUCUCAAAAGCUUAUACCCUGGAAGCUCUUGUUGGUCUUUAAGGUGCUUCUGUACUCAAACCUUGGUCAUCUACUGCAGACCAACAUGGCUACCAACUUGAAACUACAUCCAUUGAAGUAAAUGAACUUAAGUCUGUAAACAGGAGAAUGCAUUGCCAAAAUGAAAACCCUGUUCUCCGUAAAGCUCACUGGGUGACCUUGGGCAAGUUACACUCCCUCAAUCCAAUCUACCUUCCAGGGUUGUUGUGAGGAUUAAAGGGAGAAGAAUGAACCAUGUAUACUGCGCUGAAAUCUUUGAAAAAAGGGCAAAAUAAAAGUGUGCUAAGUAGUUACAGCCGAACAUCAAGAAGACAAAAGUAAUGGCUACGGAGGAAUUACAUAAUUUUGAGGCUGACAAUGAAGACAUUGAGACUGUUAAAAGAUUUUCUAUUCCUUCACUUAAUCCAUCAACCAAAAGGAAGAGUGUAACUAAGAGAUCAGAAAGAGUCUGAGACUUGGAAGGGCAGCCACAAAGGAACAAGAAAAGAUCCUUACAGAUAAAGAAGUGUCACUGAGGAGUGGACCAAAAGCAUGAUAACUCAUACUUUAGUAUUCCCCAUUACUAUGUAUGGAUGUGAAAUUUGGACAAUAAAGAAAACUAUGUUCGGCAAGUAAAAUUAUUAGAUAUAAAGAGUUGUUAGACGAUAAAGGACUAUUAAAAACGAAAGAACUACAAAACCAAGAUGUUAAUUUAGACUGGUGGUCAAGAGUUCAGAUUGAAUCCAGAUACAACAAAGACAAAAAAAAUGGGGGGCUUUUAUCUAGAACAAAAAGAGUUUGAAAAACUGUUAUGUGAUUCAGAUGAAAAGUUGAUAAAGAAAAUGCAUAUCUUCCUAAUGGAAAUGAAAGAAAAUGAAGGGCUGGAGAAAUCUAAAAGACUAUGGAUACAGAAUUUAGGUAAUGAUAUUGAUCAAGUACAGUGGAAUAAGAUAUGGAAUGUAAAUGUUAAAAUAACUAAAUCUGCUGUGUUUAAAGAGAAUUUAUAUAAGAUGUUCCAUAGAUGGUAUCUAACUCCAGAUAGACUGGCUAAAAUGUUUAAAAAUAUGUCAAAUAAGUGUUGGAAAUGUAAAGAAGGUAUAGGGACAUUUUUCCACAUGUGGUGGUCCUGCAAAGAAGUGCAUAGAUAUUGGAUAAUGGUACACAAGUUAUUACAAAAUAUCUUACAGAUAUCAAUUCCUUUGAAACCAGAAUUUUUUUUAUUAAACUGUAUGCCGGAUAUAAACAGAGAGCAAGAACACUUGGUAAUCCAUAUAGUAACAGCAGCUAGAAUCUUAUUAGCAACCUACUGGAAACAACAAAGAAUCCCUCAGCAAGAAGAACUAAUAACAAAGGUAAUGGAGAUGGUGGAAAUGGAUAAAUUAACAUUGUUAAUGAAAGGGCAAAUGGAAGAAGACUUCUCUGUACCCUUCUACAAAUGGUUGACAAAUAAUUAUAGUGUUUAAAUAUAAAUAUGAUACUAAGACUAACUGUAUAAUGACAUAAUAGAACUCACAA